CUUCAACAACGACAUCUUCAUAUUCCUUUCUCUUUUCCUGAGCUUACCGCUCUAUUUCGAUAUAUUCCGUGAACUACCGAGUGUGACGGCUGCUGAGAGCCUGGAAGCCAGGGCCUGCUGCGACAUUGUACAGGGCUAGACUUUGGGAACGGGACAGACAACGAGACUUAUAACGAAACAUCGAGAAACGGAAAAGAGGAAGAAGGGGAAAGAGAAAGAGAAAGAUGGCAGAAAAGUACGAAUAUGAGUACUUCAACGUCACGUUUCCGGCGGAAUAUGUUGCACAUGUAGAGAUCAACCGGCCGGAGAAGUUGAAUGCUUUUGUUGAAAAAAUGUGGCUCAAUCUAUCCGCAAUUUUCCGCCGCCUCUCACACGACCCUAACGUGCGAGCUGUUGUCUUGACCGGAGCUGGAGAGAGAGCGUUUACGGCAGGACUAGACGUUAAGGCAGCAUCCGAAGGCAUACUAUCCCGCGACUCCCAAGAUCCCGCUCGAACCGCAAACGCCAUCCGCCGCCACAUUCUCGAAUUCCAAAACUGCAUUACCGAUGUUGAGAAAUGCGAGAAACCAACAAUCGUAGUCUUACACAAUAUAUCCUACGGCCUAGCGCUGGACCUCUCUCUUGCCUGCGACAUCCGGCUCUCCACCACCAACACAGCGUUUUCUGUAAAAGAAGUUGACAUCGGGCUUGCUGCAGACAUCGGCACGCUCUCCCGCCUCCCGCACUCCGUGUCCUCCCUCUCCUGGGCUAAAGACGUCUGCCUAACCGCGCGAAUCUUUUCCUCAGACGAAGCCCUACGAGUCGGCCUCGUUAGCGGUGUAUAUGCCGACAAAACAGAAGCAGUGCAGGAGGGAUUGAAACUAGCGGGGGAGAUAGCAAAAAAAAGUCCAGUAGCGACCAUGGGGACGAAGGAGAUAUUGAAUUAUUCGCGGGAUAGAACGGUGGAGGAUGGGUUGAGGUAUACGGCUGUUUGGAAUGCGGCUAUGGUGCAGACGAGGGAUGUGAAGGAUGCUAUGUUGAGUGGGUUGCAGAGGAAGAUGCCGAAUUUUAGUAAGUUGUAGGCAAGGUAGGGCAAAGUAGGGUAGGGUCAAGCAGGGCAGGGUAUGGUAGGACAAGAUAAGAUGAUAGUAGUAUGUAUAAUUCAGGCUUGGACAACCUGAAGUGAACCUCGAUUUGAUUUGAUUUGAGAAGUUGGUUGUCUUGGUUGUGUUAGUUAUCAAGCUGUAGCACAUGAAGGAAUAAUUG